UACAACCUCGGUUGCAAGAUCCUCUCUGAAAGUCAAAUCCAAGAUGAAGGAUCCACAGUUUUCAAUAAUGGCAGACCACCCCAUUAAUUUUGAGAACCCAUUAAUUUGACUUUGAAAUGGAUCAUCAAACAUCUCUCAGCGUAUGGCGUAGCAGAAUCUCUUGAACUAGGAGAGAGAGUGGUUAAAAAUGCAAACAACGUUUCUACAUUGUCGAGUACGAGAUAACGCAAUGGAGGUUUCUGACAGCUCAAAAGUGCUAUGCAUUCGCAUGGUAUUGUUUUCAAUCUAUGUUUUGGCUGGAGCUGCCGUUUUUCAAGCAAUUGAAAGCCAGGAACAACUCCAAGAGAUAAGAAGCCAUCGAGAUACAAGGAAAGAAAUUUUGCAGAAAUACAACAUCACUGCAAUCGAUGCCGACCGAUGGAUGGAAACGUUUCCGUCGACUGUCCUGGGAAAUGAGGGUUUUCUGGAAUGGAAUUUUGGAAAUUCUUUCCUUUUCGCGAUGGUAGUACUAACUACAAUAGGCUACGGUAACAUUGUACCCAAGACAGUGCAAGGUCGUCUAUUUUGUGUCGUCUACGCUUUAUUCGGAAUCCCUGGGACGUGUUUAACUCUCAAAGCCGUCGGAGACAAGAUCGCGGAAAUAUUCACAAGACUCGUUACAACCUUUGAGCAACGUCUUCUAAAACGACCACACCCUCGACAUGUUGAGCUGAAAGUAGCGUCCAUGACAAUUUUUUUAACCGUUAUUCUCCUGUUACCACUGAUGUCUCUUAUAGUGAAAGUGAGACAUCAGGAAUGGACUUUCAUCGAUAGUUUUUAUUUCACGUUUAUAACGCUGAGUACGAUUGGAUUUGGGGAUCUUUUGCCGCAGUUUAACAAGGAUGCCGACUACAUUCUUGUGCUCCUAGCGUUUGUGGGUCUUGCCUUCGUCUCUAGCAUUUUCUGUUCAAUGAACACAGUUCUUGAGCAGUAUGGGGUGAGUGCGCGCGUGGUGCAGUCUUUGCGCGAGAAACGCAGAGACGAGGAAAUGUCCACCGUGGACGAAGGCGCAGAUUUAGACAAGAAGGAUAAAUCUCUGUGCGAUUCAAAUGGCUUCAAAGAUGGCGCUGUAAUGGGGAACGACAAGCAUGUUCUUCAAAACGAUAAUACCGAGAACGAAGAAAAUGGUGACUUGGAAUUAAAACCGCUUUCUAAUCGAAAUAGUUUGAUCAUAGAUGAGGAGGGCAAAAUGGCAAAUCGACGAAAAAGAGGAAGUACCGUCAGUUUAGGAAUAUUCCAAUGCUAAGUGUUUAUAUUACCGCAACAAAAAUUGUAGGAUUAUAUGCAAUGAAUUCGAAAUUUUCACGUGGCGAAGCUGCAAGGUAGUUUCCUGCACGUUUUUGAAUAUUUUAUCGACCCUGCAGAAAAAAUGUUCAAACUGAUGAAAUACACAUCUGAUUAGAUGAAACAUUACAAUGUUUCAGCCAGUUGGGCCCGAUUGGCAAGGUUUCCUCAAGCAGAUAGGAGCUUUUAAUCAUUCAAUUACAGUCUUUAUGAAAUCUCGAUAUAACAAUGAGCCAUUUUUAGUUGUGCACUUAGUUGCCAAGCUUUUGAUUUGGAGUGAGGCUGAAGGUGGCCUUGUUGUGAUGGAGACCAGUAUCUAGUUAGCAUAAUAACGAGGUAAUUUACAUUUGAAAAGCAGCAAGGUUUGUAUCUUAACAAGAUCACCCUUAGCUUCACUCCUGUUCAAAGGCUUGGCCACCAAGCACGCAGCUGUCAAAUGAACUAUUCAGGAAAUUAUUGUCUCAAUUAAGGAUAGGAUAAUUUUCGAAUAUUUCAAUGCUAAGAUAAGUUUCGAACCACUUUCGCUUCGUGAUAAAAGUCGAGGAGUUACACAUGGUGAGGCUCUGUUGAAACAAAAGAUUUAUCAAAAGCAUGCAGAACAAGCUAUUGCAUUAUUCACAAGAUGGAGUCGACUCGGAGUAAAGGUAUUUAAACGGAAGUCUUUAUAGGGAUAUUAAUGUUUGCUUUUGAUAACAAAUAUUCAAUG